AUUCCACUGUUAGGAUGGCUCGUUCUUUGCUGGUGUUGGUUAUGCUGCUCUGUGUCAGUACUGAGGUGACCCCAUACACGUCAGCGGACAUAAAGAAUUUAGUAAACACUAUAUUUGCUGAUUACGAUGUUCUUGUUAGACCUAUCUACAACCAAAGUAUUCCGACGAAAAUAAAUGUGGUCUUCUGGAUGAAACAACUGGAGUUUUUGGACAUGAAGAAACAGGCUAUGAAGUCUUUGGGCCAUUUUAGCAUCAAUUGGACUGACGAGUUUCUGCAAUGGAACCCCGCUGACCACAAUGGACUGAAAUACAUCACUGUCCCCGAAAAUAGGAUCUGGAAGCCAGAUUAUGUCAUUAACAACGACAUCACAUCCAAAAAGAAAAUGGGAGAUGGCAGCAGCUUAGUUGUCAUUGAGUCCAAUGGUCGUGUAUUAUGGGAGCCUGGGUUCAUUGCUACAACUGUCUGUAACGUUGACAUCAAGUACUUCCCGUUUGACAUACAAAAGUGCCCUGUGAAUAUUACAUCAUGGAUGACAUCCAACAUCAGCCUACGUAGCUACUCAACCAGAGGCAUUUCUUUAGAUUCGUUCACAGAAAACGGAGAGUUUGAAAUAAAGGGCUUUUGGGUUGAACACACUCUCUUUCCAAUGACUUACAUCAAAAAUGAAAUGCUGGAGGGAUUAGCAUUUUUCGUCGUUCUGAAGCGGAGGACAACCUUCUACUGGCUGUGUCUGGUGUCACCACUGCUGGUGUUCCCCUUGCUGAGUCCUCUGAGUUUCCUGGUUCCUGCAGACAGUGGUGAGAAGACGACCCUGGCCAUCACGUCUCUACUGUCAAUCUUUGUGUUCAUGUCGUCCAUCUAUGAGACGUUGCCAAAGCUUUCUAAUCAUGUAUCCUUGUUCGUGUUACUGACCUCUGUUCAAGUCUUCGUCAGUAUGCUAACGGUGGUCUGCAACGUCAUCAUCUUGUGUCUACACAGGCUUACCUCCCGCCAUAAAAUUCCCAAGUGGCUAAACAUAAUUGUCCAGCGGGACAAACCAACAUUUACUUACUUAAAUUGUGAGGACACCGCUCCGGAAACAAGGAAGAUUAGUGAUAGUGCUGACACGACAUGGGCGAUGGUUGCAGCAUUCCUUGGCAAAAUAUGUUUAGGGUUCUCAUUAGUUUGUACCACUAUGAUCACCAUUGUGUUUGGAGCGUUAAUGAUCUAUCAAUGAACUACCGUCCAAUGGCAUUGUCGUUUCCAUCGCUUGAACCUUCUGGUGACAGGAGCCAAUCCUGACUGUGGCCGACUGUUUCAAUUAGACUUGCUUCUGUCAUGUUGAAGUAUUGGCAUAUGAAUUUUUCGGUGCCAACCAGUUUUUAACGCAACUAGUUGUUAGGUUGAUAUUACAUGGUUUUGUGGCGGAUUACA